AUGGCACUUGCUUUUUUGCCACCUGAAGAAAUACCAGCUGUGUUUGAUCAAAUUAAACACAUAAUACCUAAAAAUGCUGCAGAAAUCUGGUCUGUAGAUGAUCUUGUUAAACUUGACUAUCCUAGAACUUAA